CAGGGCUGUGGGCUGAUGGAGGUGGAUUCUCUUGUGGGACACACACACGCACACACACACACACAAACACACGUGAUUCAAGCCUGUGCGGGACGCCGCGGAGUAAAUAGCUUGAGCUCAGCAAAGUCGGAACACGACAGGCUGGCCUUUGGGUGCCGCUGUGCCAACCUGCCCCUCUGCUCUGGGGUCAAGGAUGAUGGGAGCUGGAGUCCAGUUGAAGUCUCCUAUCCCCGGGGUGCAGCCAGAGUGCCCGAUGAUCUGUCUGCCGAGGAGAGAGAAGAACUUUUAAACAUACGUCGUAGAAAGAAAGAACUCAUUGAUGAUAUUGAGAGGUUAAAAUUUGAGAUUGCAGAAGUUAUGACUGAGAUCGAUCACCUGACCAGCGUGGAGGAAAGCAAAGCUACUCAAAGGAAUAAGCAGGUUGCAAUGGGAAGGAAAAAAUUUAACAUGGACCCGAAGAAGGGAAUUCAGUUCCUCAUUGAAAAUGAUCUCCUGCAGAACACCCCGGAAGACAUCGCUCAGUUCCUGUAUAAAGGGGAGGGGCUUAAUAAAACCGUUAUCGGCGAUUAUCUCGGUGAAAGGGAUGACUUUAAUAUUAAAGUACUUCAGGCUUUUGUUGAACUCCAUGAAUUUGUGGAUCUCAAUCUCGUCCAAGCGUUACGGCAGUUCCUGUGGAGUUUUAGGCUGCCGGGAGAAGCUCAGAAAAUUGAUCGCAUGAUGGAGGCGUUUGCUUCACGCUACUGCCUUUGCAACCCUGGGGUCUUCCAGUCUACAGAUACCUGCUACGUCCUCUCCUUUGCAAUCAUCAUGUUGAACACCAGUCUACACAACCACAACGUGAGAGACAAGCCAACAGCGGAGAGAUUUAUAUCUAUGAACAGAGGGAUUAACGAGGGAGGAGACCUCCCGGAAGAAUUGCUACGGAAUUUAUACGAAAGCAUUAAAAACGAGCCCUUUAAGAUUCCAGAAGACGAUGGGAACGAUUUAACCCAUACCUUUUUUAAUCCCGAUCGCGAAGGCUGGCUCCUAAAAUUAGGUGGACGGGUGAAAACGUGGAAAAGGAGAUGGUUUAUACUGACUGAUAAUUGCCUCUAUUAUUUUGAAUACACAACGGAUAAAGAGCCCAGGGGAAUCAUUCCAUUGGAAAACCUCAGUAUCAAGGAAGUUGAAGAUCCAAGAAAGCCGAACUGCUUUGAGCUGUACAAUCCCGGCCACAAAGGACAAGUGAUCAAAGCAUGUAAGACGGAAGCGGAUGGCCGGGUGGUCGAGGGCAACCACAUGGUGUACAGGAUAUCGGCUCCCACGCCCGAAGAAAAAGAAGAGUGGAUUAAAUCCAUCAAGGCAAGCAUCAGCAAGGACCCUUUUUAUGACAUGUUGGCCACUCGGAAGAGACGGAUUGCUAACAAGAAGUAGCGCUGUGGAAGGACUCUCGCCAUCCCGGUGUCCAGUGCCAAGGAAGCCUGUCUCAUCCCACUCCUUUCGGGAGUGUGAUGGAACCACAACUGAGCUGGAAAUCUCCCGCUCCUCUUUUACUUGUUGGGGAUUGUGAUUCCUCGCGGUGUCCUGUCCUUCCUGGUAGAGAGAGAUCUUUUCCUCUGAGUCUUUAAGAGCUUACAUCCAGAGCUUGAAUCCAGAGCUUACAUCCAGACUGUCGUGCGUAACGUUGAAUCCCAUUGAUGUGGCUUGUGUGUGAUCACAUCUCUCUCUCUCAGCAAGAUGGUCCUGUUUGAAAAAGCUCUCCAGGAAGUUGCUUCCCCUCCCCAACUGGUAUCCCCCCCCCCAUUUGUUCCUCUUGGGUUUUAGCCCAGUCCUCCAUAUUGUCUUCUCCAAGAGGGUCUCGUUCCACUUCCAGGAAACUGGAUUGAAAGGAUCUGUGAUCCUUGCUUUAAAAAAAAAAAGAUAGCUGUUUGAUGGCCGGUGAGGGGGAAAAUGACACCCUGAGCAUCACACCAUUGAUGUGGAAGUUGUGCCCCUUGUGCACAUGUCCACCUAAGAGAGGGAGAACGUGAGUUGUGGUGCUCGAGUAACUGUAGGUGUUGUGAAUCCAUCUCCGAUGAGCAUAAAGCCACCAGUGAAAAAUGGGUGAUCUGUUUUGGAUGUACCGUCUUGAAAUGCUGAGGAUUUUAAUCUCAAAGGAUUACAGGCCCAUCUAAUCCAUCCCUCUGUUUAGAAGACAUAAAACUUGAGGGAUUCCUUAAAGGAAAACAGGAGUUUUGCCAUUUUUAAAAAAAUCCAGCGGAUUGGAAAUCCUCUGUUGGCCAAAAGAAAAAUAGCUAAAUUUUCUAGUAAAUGAGACAGCAAUCGUA